AUACUUCGUUAUUUCCUCAGGCAAUUAACUAUAGAAAUAAACGUAAAAGACCCACAACCGCAAGACUUCGGGGACUACUUCGGUUUGAUCGAGAACAGCCGGGGGCAGGAGGAGCGCCAUAAACUGCUCACCGUUCGAGAAAACGAUUACACUUGUAUCAUGUUGGACUAUUAUAAUAGUUAUUUUACCAAUAAUUGUACAGAGAUCCAAUUGAACCGCUUCGAAGUAUCUUGCGACGUACAGGGCAACUACAACAACAUCACCAAAUACGAAUGUGCGGAUUGCCAACUGACUGACAUACUGUGCAACGGGCAGUCAGUGUUGGCAGCUGGGCGGGUCACCAUCAUUCCUCAGUCGCAACAGAUUAGUUACAACUUCCCAAGUUUCGCGGACCAGUUCUCCUGUGUGUACAUGGGCUUCUUCAAAGUAAAAGACACAGUUUAUAAAAAGGUCGUGGCAGUUAUUGAAAGUAAGUACUUUAUAUUUUUGUACUUUUCAUAGAAAUUAUAGUUUGGA